AUGCCUGAGCCAGCAAAGCCCGCGCCCAAGAAGGGCUCAAAGAAAGCCGUCACCAAGAGCGCCGCCAAGAGUGGAAAGAAGCGCAGGAGAUCCAGGAAGGAGAGCUACGCCAUCUACGUGUACAAAGUCCUGAAGCAGGUUCAUCCCGACACCGGCAUUUCUUCAAAGGCGAUGGGCAUCAUGAACUCUUUCGUCAACGACAUCUUUGAGCGCAUCGCCGGUGAGUCUUCUCGUCUCGCUCACUACAACAAGCGCUCCACCAUCACCUCGAGAGAGAUCCAGACCGCCGUGCGUCUCCUGCUGCCCGGUGAACUCGCCAAACACGCGGUGUCUGAGGGAACAAAGGCCGUCACCAAAUACACGAGCUCCAAGUAAAGCCGAAAGUACCCAAUCUGAACCCAAAGGCUCUUUUAAGAGCCACCCACCGUUUCCGGAAAAGAGCUUCUGUAUGAUGCUUUAAAUGCAUUAAGUAACAGUCUCGUAAAACUAGCUGCAUUCAACAGUUCUGAGAACAGCACU